AUGAGUAUUGUUUCAGCUCAUAUCAAUAGCAACAUGCCAACAUCCAAUUUAUUACAUCCAUUAGUUCACAAUGAUUCCUCAAUGAAGAGAAAAAGAUAUCUUGAAGAUCUUGAACCAUUGGAAGAAAACAAAAGGGCAAGAACUGCACCACCUUCACCACCAUUAGCUACUGUUUUCACAAGAAGAUCUUUAUCACCAACACCACCUUCAUCUUCAUUCAAAUCUGCACCUUUACCAUCAUCUUCACCAAAUCUUCUUCCACAUCAUAAUCAUGCAUUAGCUACUCCAAAGACAUCACCAUUGAAUUUAGCUGAUCAUGCACUCAUAAACAACAAUGGUAACAACAAGCCAAGCCAGUUACAAUCACCAGCUACUCUAUUACCAUCAGCAAUCAAUAAUGAUUAUAAAUAUUUGAAGCAAAAUGAUAGAUAUGGAGGUAUUUCAAAUCAUUCAUUAGGUUACCCAGAUACUUGUAUCAAUGAUGAUGAUUGGAGAUUAAAUUUGGAACUAUGGAUUGAAAAAAAUUUCCCAGAAAAGUUUAACAAUUUGAAGAAUUUGUUACGUUUUGAUAAACCAGGGUUUGAUCUUUUAAAUGAUGCAAUUUUGUUAACAGAAUUGAAAGAACAAUUGGAUAGAGAGCAUAGAUUCAAAAGACCAACAUUCACAUCUAAAAUCAGCAAAAAGAUGGUUUCACCAAGGAAAUUUUAUAAUCAUCUUUCAACAAACCAUUAUAAUAAGAGAUCAUUUAGUGAUCAUUCAGAUGAUGAAAUGGCCACACCUGUUACAUUACAUCCAAUUGGUACAAAUUCAUCACCAAUUGCAUUACCAUCACAACUCGACACCACUAAUGUCAAUUUCCCAUACGAGUCCAACUAUACUUAUACUUCAGCUGAUCAUACACCAACUUCACCAACUGCAUCAUCAACUUCAAAACAAUCUCAACAACCAAUUGCAUUACCACCAAUAAGGACAUCAGAUGACAAAUCAUCAUUGAAUCAUCAUUUCCAAGACCAGUUCAGAUAUAAAUCUCAACCACAACAACAUAGUCAUCACCAUCAUCAUAAUUAUCAAGCAACAAGAGAUAUUGUCAUUGAAACUAAUAACUUCAUCCAUACUCAAAAUCAUAAAGGUCCCAACCAUACAUAUACAAUCCAUCACCACAAUCAAAACAAAAGAAAAUGUAUCUCUUGUGGAUCUGAUCAAUCACCAUGUUGGAGACCAAGUUGGUCAACAAGUGCUGGACAACUUUGUAAUUCUUGUGGGUUAAGAUACAAGAAGACUGGUGCUAGAUGUAUGGAUAAGUCUUGUGGUAGGAUCCCAGCUAAAGGUGAAUGGACUGCAAUGAAGAGUAGGGGUAAAGUUAAUAUUGUUGAUGAAGAUGGUUCAUCACAUUUGGGUUAUAAAUGUUUGCAUUGUGGUGGUGAAGUGGAAGUUAAAGAGAAAGCUUCUAAAUGA